AUGACCUCCAUCUCUAAUAACAGCGUUUAUAUGGUCUAUUCAAAAAUACCAGAAAAUUUGAAUCCAACAACAAAGAAAAUUGGUACUCACAGUGGAUCCUUUCAUUGUGAUGAAUCUCUUGCUAUUGGUCUGUUAAGUUUAUUACAAGAAUACAAAGAUGGUGUUGUGAUUAGAACAAGAGAUGAAAAAAUUUUAGCUGAGUGUGAUAUUAUUGUUGAUGUUGGAGCAGUUUAUGAUCCUGCAAGACAUAGAUACGAUCAUCAUCAAGCUAGUUUUAAGGAUACUUUGAAUUUGGAUAAAUUUACCAAAAUUAGAUUAUCCAGUGCUGGUCUCAUUUACAAACAUUUCGGAAGACAAAUUUUAGAAGAAUUAAUUGGAGAUAGAGCAACCGAGGAACAAAAAGAUGAUAUUUAUUUGAGAGUUUAUGGAAAUUUUAUUGAGCAUAUUGAUGCCAAUGAUAAUGGUGUUGAAAUUUCCGAUGGUGAAUUGAAAUAUAAAAUUACAACAGCUCUUCCACAUCGUGUGGGUCGACUCAAUCCCAAAUGGAAUGCACCAAGUGAUGAGAAUAUUGGUUUUAGAAAGGCAAUUGAACUCACUCGUUCUGAAUUCCUUGACAGUGUGGAUAUUUAUGUGAAUGAAUGGCUUCCAGCAUAUACCAUUGUUGAAAAGGCAUUCUUAGCAAGAGAAUCCAUUGAUCCCUCAGGUGAAAUUAUUGUUGUGGAUCAAUUCUGUCCAUGGAAAGAACAUCUUUUCGUUUUGGAAGAAAAAUAUAACGUGAAAGGUCUCAUCAAAUAUGCUCUCUUUAAAGAUGUUAAAGGAGAUUGGAGAGUACAAGCAGUACCAGUUGAGGAACAAUCAUUUGCAUCGAGAAUUCCACUUCAUAAAGAUUGGAGAGGUAUCAGAGAUGAAGAAUUGAGUGACAAGUCUGGAAUUCCUGGAUGUGUCUUUGUACAUGCUUCUGGUUUCAUUGGAGGAGCUAAAUCUUAUGAAAGUGCAUUGAAGAUGGCUCAACUCUCUCUGAGAGCAUCCACUCAUGUUGAAGAGCCAGAACAGAAAAAGAGCAAACAAGAUUAA